AUGGCGCUUAGUGUUCGGCCUGUUGUUGAGGCCGGGAAUGCGGUCAUGUGUACUGUUAUAUCGGUAUUUGGUGUUUUGAUACUAUCCAGUGGGUUUCUCGGCUAUGGUUUUGACCACCAUUGGGAAGCGCUUAUGGGCAGCACGGCGGACCCAGAGAAUGGGGCAGCUGCGGCACGUCUGUGCUAUCAUGCUGCGAUUGUUUACGCAGUAUUAGUAGCUUUUUGCGGGUGCCAGGUGCGUUGCAUCAACUACCGUACAAUCCUCUCCUGGUAUUGA